CGUCAUCUCCCGCCCAGCUGCCCCUGCUCCUCCUGCCUCGACCCGCACACCAUGUCUGUCCAGCCCGACUUCUCGCCAGUGGAUGCCUUCAAGGCACUCGAGACCCUCCAGGGGGCCCUCUCUGUGCACGACGAGCUCGAUUUCAGCGACAUUCUAGACCUCAUGGCCCGUGUCCUCAAGAAGCAGCAGCCGCUGGCCGACGUCAUCCAGACCUUUGGCGAGCUGCCUCCCGAAACCAUCCAGCAGAUCAACCCCGUCAUCGAAUUCGUCGACCUGCACCUCGAGUUCCACCACGCCUUUGUCAGCCUGUGCGAGUCCUUCUUUGCCCAGCAGAAGGUCAAGGCCGUCCUUGCCGAAUACACCUCGGAUCCGUCGUUGUUCGAGGGCUAUCUGCGUGCCCUGCAGCUCGAGUCCGUCGACUCCAAGCACGAGGACAUCAUGACUGGUGUCUGGGCUUACUUUGACAGCCGCGUGAGCACCGAGGCCAUCCUCAAGAUCAAGCUGGUGAUUCUCGAGCAAAACGUCGAGUACUCUCUGGGGAUCGAGGAAGACACCUUUGCCGAUAUGCGAAAGGCUGUUGCCGACGACGGCCUCUAUCUCAACAUUCUUGAGUAUCUCGGGGAAUUCCGCGGCGGGCUUUCCUGGGAACAGACACUUGAUAUGAUGCGUAGUAUGGUCCUUCGAAUCAAACCCGACAUUUGGGAAAGCCUCGAAACGAUUUUGACCGAGUGGAAAUCGGCAGCUGACCAAGAGUUCCUCGACGAGGCCAGAGACCUCCUUCAAGAUGAGGCCCUCUACGAGGAGUUCUACCAAAAGUUUUCCCAGGAGGCCGACGAGGAAACCGUCCUGGAGCACAUCGAGUCUCUGUCCGUCGACCCUGCCCUGGCUGAGGGCCUCAAACAGCUCUACGUCUCCAAGAGCCCCUCGGCUGUCCAAGCCCGACUCGGCAUCCGAUAAACGGAUGGAUAAGAGGACAUGUGCCUCUGUCUUGGGGCGGCCUCAUGUCGUCCGCCCGCCCACCACCCACUAGACUAUGGCUCGCUCUGGGCUGUCUUGAUUGCUCUGCUAUGACUUGGUUCGAUUGCUGUCCCAUUGACUAUCUGGGUCGCACCCGCUUGACCUCUCACUCAUUUUCGUUGUGCUUUGCCUUGCUCAUUUCGUUGUGCUUGCCUCUCUCUGCCUUCCCGUCCACGGAAGCCAUCUGCUCUGCUCGGCUUCAUCUCUGCCGACCUAUCGUUUUUGACACAAAACAAUCCAAAAAUAAUAUGCAUGCCCCCCCGUUACACCCCCUCCAAUUGCUUGACCUCAUGUAACUUUGACUCGGACGAAAGUGAACCGCCCCCCCCCCAAUUCAUGCAAUCUCUGUAUUCUGUGAAGCUUGUGCGCAAUACAGCUCUUUCGUGAGACGA